AUGACUGCAAUGACUGUAUUUUUUCCUUUGGAUACAGCUAGACUUAGACUUCAGGUUGAUGAGAAGCGGAAGUCUAAGACAACACCAGCAGUCCUACUGGAAAUAAUCAAAGAAGAAGGCCUGUUGGCACCAUACAGAGGAUGGUUCCCUGUCAUCUCCAGCCUUUGCUGCUCCAAUUUUGUUUAUUUUUAUACAUUUAACAGUCUUAAAGCUCUCUGGGUCAAAGGUCAGCAUUCAACCACUGGAAAAGACUUGGUUCUUGGUGUUGUUGCAGGUGUAGUGAAUGUCCUAUUGACCACUCCACUUUGGGUAGUGAAUACACGUCUGAAGCUGCAGGGAGCAAAAUUUAGAAAUGAAGACAUUGUACCUACCAAUUAUAAAGGCAUAAUAGAUGCCUUUCAUCAAAUAAUACGAGAUGAAGGAGUCUUAGCUUUAUGGAAUGGUACUUUCCCCUCUUUGCUGCUGGUCUUCAAUCCUGCGAUACAGUUCAUGUUUUAUGAAGGUUUUAAAAGGAAGCUUUUGAAAAAGCAGCUGCAACUCACAUCUUUGGAUGCUUUCGUCAUUGGUGCAAUAGCCAAAGCAGUUGCCACCACCCUCACUUACCCUCUGCAGACAGUGCAGUCAAUUCUGCGGUUUGGACGCCACAGGUUGAACCCGGAGAACCGAACACUAGGCAGUCUUAGAAAUGUUCUUUACCUUCUUCAACAGCGAGUGAGGCGUUUUGGGUUAAUGGGACUCUACAAAGGCCUUGAAGCAAAGCUCCUGCAGACAGUCCUUACUGCUGCUCUUAUGUUUCUAGUGUAUGAGAAACUGACUGCUGCAACCUUCACAGUCAUGGGAUUAAAGCAUUCGCGCAGACAUUGAAAAAGGAACCUACGCCAAAGAUGAUGGGGUCUAGCAAACACAUUCCGUUUCUGAAACCAGGCUGGAUAACGAAGGGUCCUCACUUUCUCUAUUUUUCUUUUUAGCCACCUCUAUCUUCGUUAUUUGGAGAAAUUUGGAAUAUACGCUAUAGGACCUGUUGCCAUGAAUUCAGGGAUAGCCCAUUCCCUACUCUUCUGUGGACUCACUGUGUCAAGAAACAAAGUAGAGACCUUAUUUAAGCACUUGACAUGACAUUUUAACUACUACAUGAUUUGGUUUACAUUAUUGGCAAGAAUGAGCAUCUCUUGCUAUGCUUUCUUGUUUUCCCUCGAGUCACCCUGAACUAUUCUUCUCUCUUUACCUUCUGUCAGCAGCUGGUGGGCUGGUUUCAUGUUAUUUUCCUUGACCUGUGUUUUUGUCACUUCAUGUUUGUUUCAUUAAAAUAAUUCAUAAAGAA